UUGAUUCUACUGAUAAAUACAUAAGCAUUUUUAAGAAAGUCUUGACAGAUUCAACAAAUAAUAAAAAGAAAACCUGAGAAAGAAAAUUUUGAAAUGAUUGGAAGGAAAGAACUUGACUAAAAUAUUAGAAAGGAUUAAAUCUUUAAAAUAAAUUAGAAAUUGGGCAUUCAGUCUCAUUUUCCAUAGACUCAAUCGAGAAUAAAAAUGACAACUAUACGAUAUGCGCGUGUAAAAUCAACAAUAACAGAUGAAAAUAGUGAUGAUAACACAAAUCAGUUACAAACAAUCGAUAGUGAGGACGAAGAUGAUGAAGUAGACGUUCUUUCAGUAAAAAUCGCAUCAUGUAAUAAUGAUGACAAUCAUGUUUCACUGAAACAUAGCACAUCUGUUCGAAAUACUUUAUUAAAAACAGUUCUAUGGGUUGGCUUCUUAAUUUUGUGCCACUAUAUAUUGUCGAUUGGAUUAACUUUUUAUCAAAGGUGGCUGUUAAAGGGGUAUAAGUUUCCUUUCACAGUCGUCCUUUAUCAUUUGAUGGUAAAACUAGUCAUGUCAGCGUUAAUUAGAAUCUUCUAUAGAUUAUGCACCGGAAAACAAAGAGUGAGGCUGUCUGUUUCAACAGCACUAAGAAAAGUUGCUCCUACAUCAUUUUUUGGUGCCAUUGAUAUUGGAUUUUCGCAAUGGGGUUUGGAGUUUGUUGAAGUUGCACUGUACACAAUGACGAAAUCUACUGUGAUUAUUUUUAUAAGCUUUUUUGCGAUACUCUUUCGUCUAGAACGAAAGAGUUGGUCACUUCUUUUUAUUGUUGUGAUGAUAUCAGCUGGUUUAUUUCUUUUUACGUAUAAGUCGACUGAAUUUGAUCUUCUCGGGUUUAUUUUAUUGUUGAUAGCAUCAUUUAGUAGUGGUGCACGGUGGACAUUGGCACAGUUAGUUAUGCAGAAAUCAAAACUAGGCCUUCAAAAUCCUAUUGAUAUGAUUUACUAUAUGCAGCCUUACAUGCUUAUCUCUCUUAUACCAUUUGCUAUAGUUUUUGAAUCGACAAGACUAUUUGAACAUUUUUCAAUGAUCUUUGACAUGGAUGGAUAUGAAAUAUUUGUUUUAUGGGUGAAAAUUUCAAUUGGUGCAUUUUUAGCAUUUUUCAUGGAAAUCAGCGAAUUUCUUGUCUUAUCUAAUACCUCUAGUUUAACACUUUCUGUUGCCGGAAUCUUUAAAGAAAUUUGUCAAUUAGUUUUGGCAGUUGAACUUAAUGGAGAGCAACUAGGAUUCUAUAAUUUGAUAGGUCUAAUUUUAUGUUUAGGAGGCAUAACAUCACAUGUCAUUUAUAAGUAUUGGCUCCUGACAGAUAACAUACCUGAGCGAAUAACUGCAGAGCCUGAAUGCCAUUAUGAUAUGAAUAAUCAAUAUUCUACAAAAUAUAAUAAAAAUAAGAGGACCAGUAACAGUAAUGUGAACACAGGAUUAAAUGGUAAUGCAAGUGAAAUAAAACCCUCAAUGAAUAAUGGAGCAAGUGUAGUCAUUGCAUAUAAUCAAAAAGAACCAUUGUUAAAUUAUGAUGGUACCGAGUCUGAAAGUAAUGAUGAGAUGGAUAGCAAGUCUGCUGAGGUUUUAUUUGAUAUAUUAAAAAGACGUGACGAAACACGAAAAUAACUUAUGGUAAUUUUUUUAAAAAAAAAAAACAAAGAAAACUAUUUUAAAUAAUAGGAAAAGAACUUAAAUAUAUGUAUUUCUGUAUGUACAGUCAUAUUAAAAUAAUGAAAUCUAGAAUAAUCAAAA